CCCCCGCGUGGCGCCAGAGCCCCCUCGGUCGGUGCUGAGCGCUCCUUGAUGGAAUUGCGGUGAAUGGAACAGAAGCCCAGCACCCUGGACCCGCUGUCGGAGCCAGAGGACACCCGGUGGCUGGAUGGGAAGCGCAAAAGAAAGAGCAGCCAAUGUUUGGUGAAGAGCAGCAUGUCAGGGUACAUCCCUAGUUACCUGGACAAAGAUGAACAGUGUGUGGUGUGCGGGGACAAGGCCACCGGCUACCACUACCGCUGCAUCACCUGCGAGGGCUGCAAGGGAUUUUUCCGUCGGACCAUCCAGAAGAACCUGCACCCCACCUACUCCUGCAAAUACGAUGGGUGCUGCGUCAUUGACAAGAUCACCCGCAACCAGUGCCAGCUCUGCCGCUUCAAGAAAUGCAUCUCCGUGGGCAUGGCCAUGGAUCUGGUGCUGGAUGACUCAAAGCGGGUAGCCAAGCGGAAGCUGAUCGAGGAGAACCGGGAGCGGCGGCGGAAGGAGGAGAUGAUCAAGUCCCUGCAGCAUCGCCCCAACCCCAGCGCCGAGGAGUGGGAGCUGAUCCAUGUUGUGACAGAAGCCCACCGCAGCACCAAUGCCCAGGGCAGCCACUGGAAGCAGAAGCGGAAAUUCCUGCCUGAGGACAUUGGCCAGUCCCCCAUGGCCUCCAUGCCCGACGGGGACAAAGUCGACCUGGAGGCGUUCAGCGAGUUUACAAAAAUCAUCACCCCGGCCAUCACCCGCGUGGUUGACUUUGCCAAAAAACUGCCCAUGUUUUCAGAGCUGCCUUGCGAGGACCAGAUCAUCCUGCUGAAGGGGUGCUGCAUGGAGAUCAUGUCACUGCGGGCAGCCGUGCGCUAUGACCCCGAGAGCGAGACGCUGACGCUGAGCGGGGAGAUGGCGGUGAAACGUGAGCAGCUCAAGAACGGCGGCCUCGGUGUCGUCUCCGAUGCCAUCUUCGACCUGGGCAAGUCCCUCUCUGCCUUCAACCUGGAUGACACCGAGGUGGCCCUGCUCCAGGCUGUGCUGCUCAUGUCCUCAGACCGGACGGGGCUGAUCUGCGUGGAGAAGAUCGAGAAAUGCCAGGAGACGUAUCUGCUGGCCUUUGAGCACUACAUCAACUACCGCAAACACAACAUUCCCCACUUCUGGCCCAAGCUGCUGAUGAAGGUGACAGAUCUGCGGAUGAUCGGCGCCUGCCACGCCAGCCGCUUCCUGCACAUGAAGGUGGAGUGUCCCACCGAGCUCUUCCCCCCCCUCUUCCUCGAGGUCUUCGAGGACCAGGAGGUGUAGGGCUGACACCCCCACCCUGUGCCCCCACAAAUCCCACUCUGGCCCCCCUCAAUCUUUCUCGUUCCCCUGUAAGGACAAGGGGAUGCCGUGCCCAGGGUGGGGGUCCUGCUGUGCCCCCCCAACAGCCACCCCCCCCGCCCCAGGACUUGACGAAUUUUGUUUGUUUGCACAGGGAAGGGCCCCGACAGUCGAGCGUUCCCUUCAUUGUCCUUCUCUUCGUAGAUUAUUAUUUUUUAAGCAUUUAUUUCCCUCCCUGAGAGGCUAAAA